ACACAACAUGAGGAAAUGUUGCGCUAAGAGGUGACACCAGUGUUCAGCCCUGGAUGCUAGCCCCCUUCCCUGUGAGCCCAUGGCCCUUUCCUUGAGUGUCCUUUAUAAACCAGAGCAGUUCCUCCUGGAAUGGUGUGAUGUCACCGGUGAAUCAGGACAAGUGCUCCGGAAUCUUGGAAGCCAUUUGAUCCCGAACACCUGGCUAUGGCCAGUUCUCUUUUCACGCUGUCGUGAGGCUGCGCUCUGGAUAAGACAGGAUCCCCCUGAGAGCCACAUUGGCUGUCUCGGAGACUGCUCCAAGCCAACAGGACCCAGCGGAGGAGGGCCAGAAGAGAAGGGCAUGCAUGGAAGGAAAGGCAGAUAAAUGCAAAGGGGAUGAUGACCAUUCCUCUCUUGUUCCCUCAGAUGUCACAUGCAAAAUCCUCAAGCUCCGCAGAACAGGAGCCCUCUGGCCUCAGGUUCCGCCUCUUCAGCGGCUGCCCCUGAGCCGAGAACCAGGAGGAAGAGGGGCCGGAAGACAAGGAAUUUGGCGGGUGUGAAGGCAGCUACCUAUGAGAGUAGCCCUCCUGCCUCCAAUUCAGCCUCCUCAGAAGCUGUCUCCGAGCUGAAGUCCUGGAGGAAAAGAGGGCAGAGGAGGAACAUAUGGACUGUCAAUCAUGUUGAGGGCACAAAACUCAGGAUGAACAGGAGGAGAAGACCCAGUUACCGCCCUGAGGACCAAGAAGCCUUCUACCGGCUUCUGGAGGAUCCCGCCAUCCAGAGCUUCCUGGAAGCUGACAUUUUCCUCAAAGUGUCUGACAAGUACCUGCUGUCCAUGGUGGUGGAGUACUUCGGCCGUGUCGGGCUGCCUGGACACCUCUACAACAGGAUCCACUUCUUCCUGGCCCUCUACAUCGCCUCAGACAUGGAGGAGGACAACCCCAUGUCCAAGAGAAGCAUCUUCCAGUUCCUGCUGGGCAAGGAGCACUGGCCAGACCUCUACAAGGACUUCCUGAAGCUGAAGGUGGAGUUCUUCCACGCCAUGGGCCACCGAGCCUGGGUCACCCCGGAGCUGUGUGAGGAGAUCCAGGCCCAGAACCCCCACCACUGGGUCUGGAGUCGGGUGCGCCAGUGCGCUCCCUAGUUCCCAGGAUGUGGGAACGACCAGCUGGGCCGUGGAUCGGGGGCUGCAGAUGUCCAGCUCCUGCCCACCCCUCCCUGAAACCCCACCUCCUAUCCCCACCCACAACAAAGAGGCAGCUGCCCUUCCCCAGGCUCCAAGCAGCUGCAGGGGGCAGCACCUGGGCUCCAGCUUCCCUUGGACCUGCAAGACAGUGGGUCCCAGGGAGCCCCAGCUGCAGCAGCCUGCACCGGGGUGCCAAACCCGCCCAGCGGGACACAGGCCCCACGCUCCCAUCUUCAAGUGAGUAUCAGGCAUCAGAGGCCCAUGACCCCAGGAUAUCCUGGGGGAGGGUCUAGCAGUAACUCAGAGGGGUACCCAAGGGAACCAAGAGACUUCCAGAGCAGGAGCCCCAACAGAGACUGAGGACAGAAGGAGGAAGAAGGGACGGAAAGUCCAGGAUGAGUCCUGGACCAUCGAGGAGGAGGAACUUGAAGGAAGAGGCCAAGGCAGCCAGUGGAAGACAGCAAGGAAAGGAGGAGGAGUUGAAAGGGAAGAAACAGAGGAAAGAGGAGCAGAAGAGCUCACUCUGUAGUCAGAGCCUUACUGAGCAUCCACUAGGUCAUCCACCAAAGCCUUGGCCGAUGAAGACGGCCGAUGAAGACAUCAGCGGCUGAUGGGGGCAUUGAGACGCUGGAAGGCUGGAACGGAGGGGAAUGAAAGGGGAGAAAUUACAUACAGUCAUACACUCUGACAAGAUAGAAAUGACCCAACUUUUAAAAUGAGAGGAAGGAGAGAGAAAGGGAGGAUCUAGCGAGGGGGAGGGGUGGGGGGAGGGUCCUGGGGCAUCGUCAAAGCUGGAAAGAAAACAGUGGGAGCCCAGGUAAGGGAAAAGAGGAACCCAAGGAGUCCCAUGAAGACUCACUAGACCAAAAAUAUAAGCCACCCUAUAUGCCCAAAGUAAUGCAUACGACGCAUUUUCGAAAAGCAAACAGACCAAGUAAAGACACACAGCAAAUAUAAGAAACAUACAACUGUAAUAUAUACAAAAUGGGACACAACAGAGAUGGGUCAUUAUUAUCUGUAUUAAUAAAUCUGAAUUCACUGCUAAAAA